GCCGCGUGCUCAUUGUCAGAUGCGAGAAACUCAAAGUGAGCAAUGACGCACUCUGCUUAUCAGUGCACCGGGUUCGCGAACUCGCCUGUCGUAGCCAGCCAGCAGCCAUUCUUCUGGAUUCUGUGUAGUAACUCGAGGACCAACGCGCAAUUCAGUGCACAGGCAAUGUCCGAGCCUGAAUCUGAGAACGUGAGCGAGAUUCCCGUCGUGGACGAGGGCUUUGGGGUUGGAGAGUCUAGCCCGCUCGACGGUCUGGCCGAGCCCAUUCUUGCCGUCGAUUCGCUUCCCGAGGCCGAGAACGCGUGGGGGGAGGAGGCUGUUGAGGAUGCGACUGUUGGGGAGGCAGGCGUGGAGGAGGUGAAGGCAGAUGUCGUUCUUGACAAAGAAGAAGUGCCGUCGGAAGUACCUGCGGAGGAUGGGCAGGGUACGCCCGACGAAGGCACUGUCACUGUCGACUCAGCAGAGGCUGAUGCUGUGGAACCAGCAAGCAACGAGAGCAGUGCGCAGGAGGAACCUGAGUCUGCAGAGCAUCAGAACGAGCAGCCUGAAGAACCAGCAGCGAUUGUCGCAGAAUCGGAAGCAACGAACGAGACAGAGACCUCAGAGUCUCCCGCUACUCCCAAAGACACAGCAGAGGAUCCGUCACCCGAGACUGCUGAGCCCAAGACCGAGGCCGAGGCGCCGUAUACGACUGCUUCAUCCAAGCUAUUUGGUGACGACGACAAGCUGUUUACAGACGACGUUGAUCCGGACGCGCCGGAAGACGACGCAGAGGCCGAGGAUGAUAUUCUCGGGCCUUCCAAGCCGGCUGUGCCCAUCGCGGUCUCAAGCUGGACCACAAAGAAGCGGCCACCGCAGCAUCCUGAGAUUCCAGUCGAGAUCCUGACGAGCUCGAGCGCCGUCGAACCGAAAGCGAGGGCGUCGCCGGCGAAGGAAUCAGGCCCGGCCAAAUCGUUUUCGAGAAUACCUGCGAUUCCGGAGCCGAAGCAGAUCGAUCUUGCGGCGGCGGCUGAGGUCUAUGACGAGGAUGAUGAGGACGACGUGUUUGCGAAGCCUGUUCCUGAAGCAGCGGUGCCUGUACCUCCGGAGCCGCAGGCUGAUGCGUAUCAGGAUCUACCUCCAGAGCUGGUAGCCAUGGCAGACAGAUUCGUUGAGAGCAUACGUGAAAUCGCGCCAUCGGGUGCUCUAUCUCCAGAAAGACUCUCGCAGCUAUUCCAGGAUUUCUACGUGACCGUGCAAGACAAGGCCGCAGCGAUGCUCCGGCGAAGCAAUAUGCGUCGUACGUAUGAAGUCCAAAUGGUCUCAUUUGAAGAGAUGGCGCGGAAGAAGCGCGAGCGGAAACAAAAGGAACACCAAAAAGUCCUCUACGAAGAGCUGGUGGAGAGAAAAGUCUGCAGCGAGUGCUACGAUGAUGUUUUCAUGUACAAUGCGAGCGACGAUGAGCCCAAAGAUGAGGCGUUGGCGACGAAGAUUGCGGCUUUGAAAGUGAUCAAUAUCGACAUGGAGCACUUGGGAGUUCCCGAGCUUAAAGAUGUCGAUUUUAACACUCUUCUGGGGCCCGCUAAGAAGGAGCUGGUUUCCUUGGCUGAGAAACGGUCUCCCAAGGAAAAACUGCAGGUGCUCAUCUCUGUUCACAAGCAUAUCGUUGACGUGCUGUCGAAUGUAAAGCAGUCCAACGGAGCUAUGGGCCAGUCCGGCGCUGACUUUGUUCUUCCGACUCUCAUCUACUGCGUGAUCCAAGCAAACCCGCCCCACAUCUCAUCCAACAUGGCGUUCAUCCAGCGCUUCCGAUCGACCAAGACGAUAAAUGGCGAAACCGCGUACUGCCUGACGAAUUUCGAGGCGGUCGUCGCGUUCCUUGAGACCGUGGACCUGCAGACCUUGAAUCUCGACUCGAUCGAUAUUCCGUCGCUGCCCCCGGUUCCCGAAGAGCCGAAGAUCGUCGAUCCGCUGAUUGCGGCAUCCGAACCGCCGCCACUCCCCUCUCCUCGCUCUACUUCUUCCCCGUCGCCAUCGCCGCUCUCUCCUUCUCUAGGCGGCGAAAUGCUCCAGCGUAAACCGUUGACGUCCUCCGCGUCUUCGGUUCGCUCUGCAUCCUCAGCCUCGAGCUCGGUCUCAAACAGCAGCAAGAAGCCAGUUGCCUUCUCAUCCGUCCCGCCGCCGCCUGCAAAGGACUCGAUCAAAAACGUCGCACCCGUGAAACCGAUGCCGGCCGACACCAACCGCCGGGCAAGCGCGUCGAUUUUCGGAAACGCUACAUUCGUGCAGGCGCCGAACGGGCCUAAAGCGCCUGAGAAAAUCAGGGUGGCGAAACAGACUGGUGGUGGUGUUAAUGCGCCGGUUGUCGUCAGCGCGUCGAGCAGUACUGGCGGGGCGGCUGCUAGUGCGCCAUCUUCUUCUUCAUCGCGGCGAUCGUUUUAUCCCACGGGACUGACUGCCUCGGUUGGAAGUACGGCUGAUUCGGGAAUCAGGUCGAUCAGCUCGACGUUUGAGACAUCCUACAAAUUCUUGUUUGGAAACAAGGAUAAUGAGAAAGCGUCGCCUAAGCGCGAGGUAGCAAUGCGAGGAAACAACAACGUCGAAGCACUUGAGCGACGAACUAAAGAAGUCCUGCAGCAGUCGUCCCAGGUUAUCUCGACCUACGCCGAGGGCAAGAAGCGGGAGCAGCAGCAGGAGAUAAGUCCGCCACGGACGUCGUCCAAGGCCGGCAGCGCUGAGCCAGAGCCUGCGCAGCCGGAGUUGCCUGCCGCGCAUAUUCUUCCAAAGAGUCGGAAGCAGGCGGCUGGAGAUGCGUCGUUUGGCGCAGAGGGAAAGGUGGCGUCGAGUAGCAGUAGUAUGCGACGAGGCGGGUCGAAUGAUAGCCGUGUCUCGCCGGUGAUGGAUGACGGCGAUCGUCCUCGAACACUAAUGGACAGCGUCCGCCGCUUCGCAAGAUCGGGCUCCAACCCAUCCGGCAUCAUCGACCAACAACCCCCGUCCUCACCGCAGCUUCCAAAGUUAUCCAAGCCGAAAUUCGACGACGAGACGCUUGCCGACGCCAGCACGCUAGAUGCGGCGCAGGUAGACGAGCUCGUGAAGGAUUAUCAGCGAAUGGUGGAGUACUUGAAGACGAUCUCUGCUUUUGAGGAGUGAGGAGUGAGGAGUGGAGCACGGCCGCGUGUGUAAAUAGGCAUAGAAACUCAUUUUUUUGGUCUUUGUUUUAUUCAUUUUGAUGUUGUAUUGAGUUGCCGCAUUUUUGAGUAGUUGGAUGUCGAUCGCUUCUUUCUCUUGGGAAAGAUGAGAGGGCACUAAUAGCAGUAUUCCUAGUUGUUUUUCUCUCUUUGGAUAGAAUA